UUGGUUUCGGUUGAAAAUAAUGAUACCCGUUCAGAUUUCCUCCAGUACCCAACUGAUGAUGUAUCAUUCCACGGCGGUGACAAUUCGGAGCUCUUCGAAAGAGAUGUGAACACACUCAACCGUUGUUUUGACGACAUUGAAAGAUUCGUGGCACGAAUACAGUCGGCUGCGUUCGCUCAGAGGGAACUCGAACAGCAGGCUCACCGCUACAGAACUGCAAUGCGUCGUGACAAACGAAGUGGUCCACCACCACCGGAUCCGAAUGGCAUCCUUCAGAUGCGGGCGCAACUGCCUAUAGAACCCGAAUUCGUCGAUAUUUUCAGGAAAUUCAAACUCAGUUUCAAUCUAUUGGCCAAGCUCAAGAAUCACAUUCACGAACCGAAUGCACCCGAACUAUUGCAUUUCCUCUUCACACCUUUAACUGUUAUUCUAGAAGCGUGUCAUUGGGGUCUUGGAAGGAAUAUCGCUCCUCAGAUUGUUUCGCCCUUAUUGUCACUGGAAGCUCGGGAAUUGAUGCAGAAUUGUCUGACUAGCAAGGAGUCGGAUGUAUGGAUGAGCCUUGGCGAGACUUGGAGAACUCCACCAGAGGAUUGGGUGGGACCGCUUCCACCGCCAUACAAACCGGUGUUCGUCGAUGGAUUUGCCCCGUACGGUAUGCCUGACCAGCAGCAGCGACAGCCACCGCAGUCACUCGGCUAUCCAGUGCCGCUUCAUCGUGGCGAGUCCGCGCCACCCGUACAGUACCGUCCAUCUCCACGGGACCGAAGUGUCGACACGGUACGUUCCCAUAUCGCUUGCUUGAGCUUGACCCUGUGCUGUCUUGAAGUCUUCAACUUUCCCAUAACCCCAUUUCAUUUCUUUUCCUAUUUCCUUGCUAACUCUUCAAGUCUUUUUGUGAUGUACAUUCUAUAG